AUGCAAUCAGAGCCGGCAGAGGAGCCGGCGGCGGCGGCGGCGCUAGUGGCGACAGCACCAUGGCCGGCAGUGACGGCGCCCCCAAGCGACAGCCGGCUGCCUGCCCCCACUGCCACCUCUGAGCUGCAGCAGGACAGCGCGUUGUGUGGCAGUCGGGCGACCCGGCUGCAGCAGCUUGUUCGCCGCAUCUUGAAAGUGGGCCAGGCAGCGACGGAAGUCAAGGUAGAGGAUGAGCAACAGGCAGCGACAGAAGCGAGCGCUGGCAACAAGGAACAAGCCGAGGAGCCGUCGCAGCCGGAGCAGCCGCAGCAGCAGCAGCAGGAGCAGGAAGAGCAGCUGGUGCAGGGGUCGCAGCAGCAGGAGGCGCCGCCGCAGCAGCGACAGCAACAGGAGCAGCUGCAGGAGCCGCAGCUGGAGGUGGAUCGGCAGCCAGAGGAGCCGCAGGAGGCGGAUCGGCAGCCAGAGGAUCCGCAGCAGGAGGCGGAUCAGCAGCCGGAGGAUAAGCAGGAGGCUGCGGAGGUGGCUGCGGUGCCGGAGCUGGCGGGCGGCAGUGCCGCUGAGCCACCCAUGGCGCUGCUGGGAGUGGACCGCGCCGCCGCCGUCCGGUGGAACGCUCGCUGCCGGCUGAGGCUGGACAGCGCGGGGCGGCUGACAGCAUCCGACACGCCCGAGCAGUAUGUUGUGGAGGGGCUGGCCAGCUGGGGCGAGGCGGCGGUGGCGCGGGACCUGUUGCUGCUGUGGCGCCGUGCCGUGGGCCCGGGGCCGGGGCGGCGGGGUUACUUCUCUGGUGCCCUCGCUCGCUUCAAUUGCCCCGCUGGGCACAGGCUGGCGGCAAAGGCUCCAGGGCUGGGCGCCCGCCUGCGUGGCUGCGCCGCCUGGGGCCAGGUGCACGCCCUGGUGCUCGGCAUGGCUGCCAGCGGCGAGCUUGCACGCCUGGCAGCCGCCGCGCUGCCGCCGCCGCCGGUGGCGGCAGGGCCUGGCAGCGGGAGGAAAGACGAUCGAGGGACCAAGAGGAGGGCAGCUGGUGGACCCCAGCAGGCCCCAGCAGCAGCUGCCAAGGCGCGUGCCACAGCUUCGGCGCUGAACCAAGCCUCGGCAGCAGGCCCGGCACCGUCCAUGGCAACCGCAGCUGGCCCAGCCGCUGCGGCGGCGGCACGGACACGCGGCGCGGCCGUCGCGGCCCCUGCCGCCAGCACAGGCAGCGGGCCGGCUGCGGGCAGCGGGUGGCCCGCAGGCGUCGGCUCCCGCCACGGCGGCUGGUCGGCACGGGUGUUUGCUGCUCUGGAUGCUGAGGGGCGGCCAUCAGAGACCGCGCCUGGUGGGGAGCGUGCCGUGGGCCUAUUCAGCAGCAGGGAGCAGGCGGCUGUGGCGCAUGACCUGGCACUGGCGUGGUGCCAGCUGGCAGCUGGCGCCAGCCUGCAGGCUGCUGCCGCUCCCUACAACUUCACCCUGGCCAGCCUGCGCAAGCAUGCUCCGCUGGAUGAGCUGCAGGGGUGCAGGGCCUGGGGCCAGCUGACCUACCUCCUGCGCCGCAUGGCGGACAGUGGCCGCCUGCGCCGGCUGGCUGCCGCGCUGGCGCCGGCGCCGGCGCCCCAGCAGGCGCCCGCCACAGCGGCGCCCAGCGGCGCGCCCUCUGCCAUCAGGACGAGUUACUCGCUGUCGUGCUACGAGACCCAGGCUGUCGCGGCGCUGGCGCGGGACCUGGGUGUCGUUUGGGAGCAGCUGCGCACAGGGAGGGAGUUGGAGAGGGCACCCGUGCAGUACAACUUCCCCCUCGACAGCCUGCGGCAGCAGACGGCGCUGCUGGCCAAGCUGCGGGGCUGCGCCGGCCUGGCAGAGCUGCGCUUGCUGCUGGCAACCACGGAUGCCAGCGGCGCGCUGAAGCAGCUCGCUGCCAGCUUGGCAGGAGGGAAGGCGGGAGAGGAGCCAGAGGAAGGCGCGGCCGGGGCUGGCCUCGCUGCAGGGACUCGACUGCCCAAUGGGAUCUGGCGGCCCAGACUGUAUGUUUGCCUGGACGCCUCUGGGCGGCCCACAGCGGGCGGUGCCUCCGGGCACUCGCUGGGCCAGUUUGGCAGCCAGGUGGGGGCCGCCGUGGCGCACGACCUGGGGAUCGCGUGGCGCCAGCUGGGCACCGGCGCCGAGCUGGAGGAGAUGGCCAGGCACUACAACUGGCCGCCUGAGCGCCUGCGGCGCCAGAAAGGGCUGCUGGCCCAGCUGCGGCAGUGCGGCACGAUAGACGAGCUGCGGUCGCUGCUGAAGAGGCUGGAGGGCUCUGGCGAGCUGCACAGGCUUGCUGCCAGCCUGGGUGGGGCCGCCGCCGCCGCUGCUGCCGGCGAGCCGGGGUCAGCAGCGGCUGGCAAGACCACAGCGGGCGCGCGGCGGCGGCGGGGCGCUGCGCCGGCACCUGGCGACGCGGACUUGCAGCCUCUGAGGGGGGUGUGCACCCGGGGCAAGGGCAAGCCUGGCUGGGAGGCGCGGAUCCAUUUUGCACUAGACGCUGCUGGCAGGCCUUCGGCCGAGCGUGCCACCACCAACCGUUACAUGGGUACCUAUAGCACCAGGGAGGAGGCGGCUGUGGCGCAUGACCUGGCGCUGGCGUGGCGCCAGCGGGCGGCCGGUGCAGACAUGCAGGCUGCCCGCUACAAUUUUGGCCUGGCCGGCCUGCGGCGCCACAAGCUGGUGCUGAGCCAAGUGCUGCGCUGCGCCACGGCGGAUGAGCUGCGCGUCCUGCUCAAGGACCUCAAGGCGUGCGGCCAGCUGGCCCGUCUGGCGGCCAGCCUGGCACCAGACGCGACGGGGGGCGCGCGGCGCGGCCGCGCGCGGCUCGCGCCGCGCGCCGCGUCCCCCGCAGCCUGGGACGCGGCGGCGGCGGCGCAGCAGGAGGAGCGCCAGCUGCUGCAGCAGCGGGUCAAGGGGGAGCCUGGGGAGGAGGGGCAGGGCGGCGGCAGGCACGGCGGGCAGGCCGCGACGGGCCGCCGCGUGCGCCUCUGGCUCCAGCUGGACGACGACGACCAGCUGCAGCAGUUUGAGGGGCGGGUGGCUGAGUACACGCCCACGGGCAAGCACCACAUCAUGUUUGAUGACGGCGAUGAGGCGCUGGUGGACCUGGCCAGCACCAGGUUUGAGUUCACCGACAGCGCUGGCGCGCAGGGCGGUCCGCCCCCGCCCGCGGCGCCACCUGCGGCGGCGGCGGCGGCGACGGACCCGGCCUCUGCGGCGGCGGAUGUGGGGCAGAAGCUGCACGUGUGGUGGCCGCAGGACCGCCUGUACUACCUGGCAUGUGUCACGCAUGUACUGCGCAACGGGAUGUACUGCAUACGGUACGACGUGGAUGGCAUGGAGCUGCUGCUGGACCCGCUGGAGCAGCGGGUGCAGUGGGCCUGGCUGCCGCGGCAGCGCCGACACGAGCGCCAGCUGCGCGCCCUGCGCCAGCGGCAGCGCGAGGCCGCGGUGGCGGCGCGCGUGGCCGCGCGCGCGGCAGCGCAGGCUGGAAAGCAGCCUGAGGAAGAGCUUGGCGAGGAGGGGGAGGAGGAGGCUGGGGAGGAGCAGCAGCAGCAGCAGCAGCAGGAGCAGGAGCAGGAGCAGAGUGGUGGCACGGCAGCGGCAGCCGCCGCCGUGCAGCAGGCAGGCGGCGGGCGGCGCAAGCAGCCGCGUCCGCAGUCGCUAGCCGACGCUUGGCUGGGCGAGGCCAAGCGUCCGCGCCUGCACGCACCCCCGCCACGGCAGAACCGGCAGGCCCAGCAGCUGGGGCCAGGCCUGCCGGCGCCGAGCAGCCUGGGCCUAGCCGCGACGGCUGCUGUCGCGCUGGCUGGGCCCGAGGAAGCCACCGCUGCUGCGCAGCCUCCCGGUGCAGCAGCGGGCGGCGGCGGCGACGGCGGCGGCGACGCUUCCGACCUGUUUUUGGACAUGCUGGAUGCGGCUGCCGCGCCUGCUGCCACUAACACCGGCCUCAGCACCGAGCUGGUGGGCUCCUUCAUGGCGCUGCUGGACACGCUGGGGGAGCGGGAGCGGGGCGAGAAGGAGCGGCGCCUGCGCGUGCUGCUGGGCAUCGGGCAGUACAAGGGCGCGGCAGCCAUGAUGCAGACGGCCGUCAACCUGGCGCUGUCCAGGCUGCCAGCCUGA